CUUCCACCCGACCUUCCCGCCUGGCGAGGCGCGGAUGUCGCAGUCUGGGACUUGUUGACCGACUACUUUAGCUCGCGUGGAUACGAGCUGUGGCAAAUUCUGAUUCCUGGCAUCUUGAGACAAUCUGCGCCGCCAGGACCCGUGAUGACCGCUGGCUAUGGAAAACAUCUUCAUCACGACAUAAAUACCUGGCACCCUCUUUUCACUCUGAGCUGCGGUACAUCCGCACUCCGUGCAGCUCGUUCCAAGGCCCGUGAUCAAGACGUCGUCAUUCGUGUCGUUCAAGCCGGCGCCGAGGAGAUCGCACACCUCUCUGUCAUCGAAUUCCUUGGGUCCGAGCCUAUAGCGUCCAUCAGCACGAACCAUACUCUACCGGUCCUCGAACUCGUCGAGCUCGGCGACAUAGUAUUUGCUAUUUUCCCCAAGGCGGGUCCGGAUUUGAUAGGUGUAUUGAAUCCUCCGGCGCACAAUUCCGUCGGAGACAUCGUCGACAUAAUCAUGCAAUGCCUAGAGGCACUCAACUUUCUUCACCUCAACGGGAUUGCGCACAGGGAUGCAUACAAAGACAACUUCUUGAUCGACUACUACCCCCAAUCACUCGUCACGGACCCCGUUCGAGUGGGUCACCCUCGCGUCUACUUGCACGACUUCGAGUUCGCAUGUGGCUUCCCACAGGACACCCCUCCUGAAGAGCAGGUGUGCGCGGGCCCGCUCUACGGCGGGACGGUAUCCAAGAGCACACCGGCCGACCAUCGGAGCUCUCCGGAGGUGCUCACGGGCGAGCCGUACAGUCCGUACAAAUUGGACGUGUGGCAGCUCGGCACGAGCUUCGCAGAGUUCAAGUCCACCAUACCCGCCAUCGACACCGCCCUUGAGCGUUUGCGCGAGGUUGACCCGUCAAAGCGUCCGACGGCGUAUGAGGCGUUGAAAGAGCUCACUGAUAUCGUCUCCUCGAUGGCGCCUAAAGAUCUGCUUAUCGCCCCAGACUACUUGUUCUUAGCUUCGGAUAUAUGGCGGAAGAGCGAGGCGUAG